AUGAGUUCGCAUUGGAGUAUUCUUACCGAUAACGAUGGGGAGCAAUUUGGGAAACUUGAGCAGCACCCGUGUCCAAGAGGAAGGAGAAAUAUGAGGGGGAGUGUUAUGAGAGGACAAUCGGUGCAACAAAAUGUACCUAUGGGAGGAGGAUCAUUCUGUGUUGAGAUGAUGGCGGGUUAUUUUGAUCGAAUGAGCUUGAGUAUGAAUUGGAUAGGUGGUACAAUGGAAAACAUGAUUCAACACUUUAACAUUAAUCAACCACCUAACAUGGGAAAUCAAUACCCAAUUUUCCCUUCAUGGGGCGAGUAUUGGUCGCGACAGGGAGACGAAGCAGGGACUAGCGGAGCACGGGAUGAUGAAGAUGAAGAAUGA